AUGAACAGAAUCACAUCGCUUCGUUUCCUGUUUAGCCGUUCGAGCGCGUUUCAUGGCAGCCACCGCAGGGCAUAUUCCACAAAACCCGCUCAAAGGAUCGGGAUCAUAGGCUUGGGAAAUGUUGGAUCAACAGUCGCCAAGAAUCUCCUAAACUCUGGAUUUACUGUAUCUGCUCUUCUUGAUACUAACGUAAAAGCAGGGCAGGAACUCCCUGGGGAUAUACCCCGUCCGGGGAACCCCAAGGAACUGGCCGGGAUGUGUGAUGUUGUCAUAACAGCACUUCCUGCUCCUCCGCACGUAAAAAAGGUUCUGAAAGGCGAGGAUGGGGUGUUAGCUGGAUUGCGGUCUGGUGGAGUGUGGAUUGACCAUUCCACUACGGAUUAUCAACAGACUCUGGAACUAGCUAAAGAAGCAGGUAUGACUGGUUUUAGCCUAACCUGUGCUGUACAGAUAGCCAAGAAGGAAACCAAGGGAAAAUUAGACGCGCGUGAUCUGAGGACUGUAGCCCCAGCGAGUUCUCGCAUCACUUUUACUGCCCGACUACACACUAUUAUCUUGGAUCCAGGCUUUCAGUUAGUGGAGAGAGGCUGCUGCCACUACCUGAACGCCUGGGACAGUUAAGGCUGGUUUAUUUAGGAUAAUCAAUGGUCAAACUACACAACUCCGCGUUAUGACUGGUACCUUGAAAAUGUUGAUAAGCACAAACGAGGGCAAAACAGCUGUCCAUUGCUGCAACGCACUGCGUGGGUGGUACUGCUGUGCACUGGACAUACUGUAGAGUUGUGAGGUGUGGCCAUUACUUUCAGUUGGUUUUGAUGUAAUAAAACUGUGUAAAAAAGAGCAGGUUGAAAAUCCUGUUAUGACUUUCUUUACGUUCAAGUACAAAGAUUUGAAAAUUAUGUACUGCACUUUAGGAAUAAAUCUCCGUAAACAACCUAGAAUUCUUAUGCUGUCGAGUGUGUGAGAAGGAAAGGAAAUAAAAGUCAGAUGAGUGAGAAUGCACUGAUUCUGCGAUGUAAAUAACAACAGUAUUUCAUAAGAGCUCCGCUAUUAGGCUUCGGCUCAAUCUAAUAUUACACUAUUGAUUUCUUUUCAAGGGGAGAGAGGUGUUCGUGUACUUGAAGCGCCCGUAACUGGAGGCAUGGCACUUCUAAAGCAGAGUAAAAUGACAGUUCUGGUGGGCGGAGAAAAACAGCUCUUUGAAGACUGCCUCCCAAUUCUCCAGCAGAGCACUAAGAAGGUGCUUUACAUGGGCCAAAUGGGCAGUGCUACGAUAGCAAAGGUCAUUUCCAAUAUGUUAGCAGCAACCAAUAACGUGGCAAUGGGAGAAGCCAUGAUGCUGGGGAAGAGAGGCGGCUUGGAUCUAAGGUCUCUGUUUGAAGCUAUCAGGUUCAGCGCGGGAAACUCAUACGUGUGGGAAACAGAAGGUCCUCUAGUCUUCAAUGGCACUUAUAACCCUGAUUUUACAAUGGAGCUUCAUUGCAAGGAUUUGAAUCUAGGGUACGACCUGGCGCGAAAGUUUAAAGUGCCUACUGAGUUGCAUUCCCACGUGGAGCAAAUAUACAACCGCGCUCGUUUCAGGUACGGAAACGUAGCAGGAUCCUCGUAUCCACCCAAAAUGCUGGAAGAUGAUUUAAAAGAGCCAUUACAGAUAGGCGGAUUCGAGAACUGGACUUACUCGGUUGAACACGUUAAUAAUUCGAUGGCGGUUGUUCACACAACAAAAGAUAAGAUUUAUGAUAAAACAGAAGACUGA